AUGAGAAUGGAUUUCUCCAUAUCGAACGCCAAUUCUGAUAUGUUAUGGACGCGAACAGAUCAAAUUGGAGACUACGUAUGGCGGCAUUGGGGAGAAGUCGAUUGGUGUCGUGCCCUCGGAGGGGCUCCAGCCACUAUUUUAGCCCUAGAGAAAAUUGAACAAGUUGCGUCAGUCACUAGCUUUGAGCUCCCGAAGCCUGUUACACCAUUCACUCAUAUACGCCAGUCCGAGCAUGAAUUUCAGGGUGCAAUAGUACAGUUGAUCGAGGCCGGCGUACACGCAUUACAAGGAAGCUAUACGCAAAUGAUCGGUAUUGAAUCAAAUUGUCUAGCAAUGAAUGGUGUUUUUCAGUCUUUCUCCCUGAAAAUAUGCGUGCAUGCUGACGAAAAACCGGUAGAUGCUGUUGAUUUAAUCUUGGGUGAUCUGGGCUCGAACCCAUCUCAAGAAAUGAUAGAAAAUAUUGAGAAUAACUUAGGAAGACUUCAAGAAAAGGCAACCGAGUGCGUCGAGCGCGCUAAAAUUAUGGCUACAGCUUUCGACAAUCUCAUUAAGUUGGGGAUGGAAAUCCAAGAAUCAAAAGGUUCUAAACGCUCAAAAGGAGCAGAAGCGGCAGCCAUAGCAAGUUUAGAACUCUCAGCAAAGACAGCCGAAAAGGCAUACGUACAGGCUAGCCAAGAUCUCGAGAAAGCGGUCAGCGAGUUGCCCACAGCCCAGCAACUCACAACUUUAACACAACUUGAAGCUUUGUCGUAUGAGAUUGAAAUACUCACAGAAGCAGUGAUCGCAUACGAAGACCCCCUACAUUAUGCUAUUAGCCGUGUAAUCAAGCAAGAGUUACCAUUUUCUCGGUUUAUAAAAGCUGUGGAGAAUCUUGGAAAACAACCUGACCCCAAGCCCGAGCAUUCGAUUGAUACCACACCUCCCCCGGUUACAAAGCGCAACAUGUCUUACGAGAAAGCACCGAAUCUUAGCGCAUCCCUCAACACAUUACUGUUGGCCAUUUCGACUGGCCCCGACAAGUUUGUUAACUGGGACCAGGUCACAGCUACCGAUGAAAGUGGAGUCCCAUGGGCUCGCAUCAACAUGGAAUUAGCGCUAAAAGCAAUUACAGCGCGCGUUCCAGAGGAAGAUGCUGCCGAGGCCAAGCAAUUAUUUGCAACUGGAAUUGAGCUCUGCAGAAACCUCGAGAUCCUUGUGCCAACAAAACCCGUGGAUAAAACUAAAGACUUAAUCAUCAAAAUCAAGGCUUUUGCUAAGGAUGCCACUUCAUUUUGCACAAAAGCGACUCUUGAAUUGGGCCCGCCUGCUGGACUUUCAAUUCCCAGGCCGGCUUCCAGUAGUGAAACGUCAUCCUCAAGCGUUGGUGCUGCAAUCCAAUUGGCUCGAUUUAAAGUCCAACUAGCCGUUACACAACAAGAGGCUAAAUGGGUAGAAUGGCGAAAUUGGACCUUGACAUACUUAGCACACCUUAAAGAUGGCGUUAGACAACUCAUCCAUUUCUUCAACGUAAUUCAAUCAAGAGCUGGAACCAAAUUGGGGUCUUCUUUUACUGCAUUUAAGAGUAUCAUCAAUGGCUCUACAAAAGAUAGUGCCAUGGGGCCAAUUACUCUUAGCAAAUUUGCUAGAGAGAUGAUAUAUUUACAAGCGCUUGGACUUGCUAAAAACUGCUGCCUUAUGUGGGAGUCUUCCCAGCUUUAUGUGAAAAUCCACGAGGCAUAUGUGGCGGAAGGCGUUGAGAAACUCCUUGAUAUUGCAAUGCCCGUUGGAACUGUUUCAGAGACGGCCCGCACCGAGUUGAAUGACUGGGGAAAAACUGCCCAGAAUGGUAUAAGUAGCCUGAUAAUUGAGGGUAACAAGAAGCUAGAGCGAACAGCAAAGAUACGAGCUGAGAAAAUCCAGAAGUCAACAGCGAAAGAGGGCCUAUACUUCUGGGAUGAAUUAUCAUCGGUUAUAGAUUCUGCAAAAGAGGAGCACAUAGCAAAGAAGUUUGACCAGCAAAAUAAGCUUUCCAAUCUUGGUUUCUUGGAUAAUUAG